UUCCAUCAAUUUUUGAUGAUUUUUAAUAAAAAUACACAUACCUGUGAAAGAAAUACAAUUGAAAUCGAUGAAAGGGAAUAUAUCCAAGAUAUCUUCAUUGAACAAUUAUCCCUUUUCACUCAUAAAAUUUCACAGGAACGAAAACAAGUUUCUUACGGAGAUUUGUAAUGGGAAAUGUUUACAUCUUUUCUCUAUUCGGAAUACACUCGGAAUACAUCGCGCAAUUUUUUAACAUUAUCAUCCGGGCUUAAUAAUGGCUGAUGCAAUGCAAAAUUUCCGUAGACUUUCAAUUUUUGGAUGUGUAUUGAAACCCGAAGCGGUAGAGGGGGCGUUUCAAAACAGAUAAUCUGGACAUUUUUCAUAUUAGUGGAUGAACGUAGUUUGAGCACAAAGGCUGAAAGAAAAACACUCCAUAAUAAAAGGCGACAAUGCCUACUGUAAUUGCUCUUGAUGUGUCUCUGUCUAUGAGCAGACCUGUCGUAAUUCCGGACUGUACUGAAGAAUACCAAAGAAAGCAUCUAGCUAUUCAUGGAAUUAAUAGCUUUUUAGACUACCUAUCUAGUAACUUUAAAUUGGAGUUUACCUCUCUGUUGGUGUUUUCAUAUCUGUGGGAACAGCUUGUUCCAUUUACAAGAAAUUAUGAGUCCAUUAAGUCUGCCCUAAAUAAUGUGGAGGAGUACAACAAGUCUUGUAUUGAGGCUGCACUGACAGGAGUGUCAUCUGUGGUCACUGAAGAGUGGAACUCUGUCACCCCUUCACAGGUGAUCCUUGUCACAGAUGGCAAAACAGGCAUUGGUCACAGAUCCCUGAAAAAUUCCCUGGAGACCUGGGAUCAAAGGGAAUCAAGUGGAGAGGACAAGUUCCCUCUUCCCUUCAAAUUUCCUUGUAAAUUACACAUCAUGGUCAUCAGUAAUCCCAAUGACCCAGAUCUGAAGAGUUCUUUCCCUUUGUUUGAAAAACUGAUAGAGAUGAAUGGACAGGGAGGAGAGGUGUGUGUACCAGACAAUGCCCUAACCCUACAGUCAGUGGAAGCCAUGUUUACAAGACUGCAGGAGAAGUACUUCAAACCAUACAAUGGAAUAUUGAGAUGUGGAAACUUCAAAUGUUCAAUUCAGUUAUUUCCUCCCCCAGAUCCAUAUAAUGUGGUGGAGGAAUUUGAAGAGGUGCAUCAGGAGGUGGGCUCCUGUCUGGAGAUCCUGGGCUUUGUGGACAUCGCCGACGUCGCCAGUCCUCAAGCCCUUUCCCGACAUCUGGUCCUCCCUCUCCCCUCGAAAGAACUCAAGGCUGCUGACAAUGAUUCUGAAAAUAAAAAGGAAGAAGAAGAAUCAACACAAGAAGAUGGCAAGAUUCCAAGCUUUACUGUUCUUCUUCACGGAAGUUUGAAAGUAGAAGGCAUGGUGGCCCUUGCACAUGUUGCAGAAAAUUGGUAUGGGAUUUUAUACUCCUGGGCUGAUAGCAAAAAGAAAAGCAAUCUAAUGCUGAGUUUGUUGGAACCAGGUCGAGAGCCUGUCAGUUGGAUUGGCAAUAUAAAAAACCUGGCUCCCAUCUCUGACUUUGUUGAACCACCCUAUGGAGAGGAUGACAACAAGACUCCGUUCCCAAUCCGACCCGCAGAGAAACACAGCUAUGCACAGAGUUGUGUUGUGUGGAUUAAACCAUCUGGACUCCAGGCUGACAUACAAAAAGUACUCAGACAUGCCAGAAAGUUACCAGAGAAACAUCAGCAAUUCUAUAAGGAGUUAAACAGACUGCGGAGAGCUGCAUUAUCCUUUGGAUUUCAUGACCUUUUUGAAGCCAUGGCGUCCAUGUUGGAUAGAGAGUGCACUAUGCUGCCUGGAUCAGCACAUCCGGACGCUGCACUCCAGCUGACCCAUGCUGCUAAUGUGCUGAGGAGUGAGAUGGCUACAGACAUUGCACAAGUCAUUCUUCCAUUGAGGACCAAUUUCAAUCAAGAUACAACAUGAUUAGAACCUAGUGUUAUAGAAAGGUGCAGAAUCACAGAAAGAAAAACUGAAUCAAUCAUAUUCAGCCUUGUCUCUAUUUGGACUGAAAAUUUGGUCAAAUUGGUGGGAAGCAAAAUUGCAUUCAACGAUGCAAAUAUGAAGAUAAAAGUUGUUCUUCAAUAAAAGUAUGGUAGAAUGAGAAGAAUUGCUUGCAACCUCAUAAAAUGUUGAUUUUGAAUGACCUAACAUUUUUUUUUCUUCAGAUGUUCAUGUGGCAAAAUGAAAUAAAAUGCUACAGUGCCAACA